AUGACAUUUGGUGCAUCAGAUGAGAGUCUUCCACACAUCCCUUUACGUCCUUUCCACAAUCAAGUCGGUGGCCACAGCGCGAUCUAUAGAUUUACCAAGCGCGCUGUGUGCAAGCCUCUGGUUUCGAGAGAGAAUCAGUUUUAUGAAGCUGUUGAGCGAGAAGCACCCCCAUUACUUGGAUUCAUUCCACGUUAUCUCGGCGUGAUGCUCGUCACUUACCGGCGCGUAGCCAAAGCCUCGUUACCAUCCACCAGCUUGAAUGUACCUGAUGCGCAUACUCCUCAUCCCCGUUCCGCCCACCCACCUCGUCCUGACUUUCGCACAUCUAAUACCUACCCUCCUCAUCACACUCAGGGGUCGCCAUCGUGCCCCACCCAGUUUCUGGAAGAGGAUGAUAUGUCGAGCCAUGAAACAUCUGAUGAAAUGCCCGAAGUAGUGCUUGACCGUAACCGUCACAUUAUUCCUGAAUGGGUUCUCCAUCUUGACGGGCCGAAACACGAUCGUCCCGUGUCGUACUCUUACCCACCGUCUUAUCAUAAAUUUCCUGAUGCUCCCAGACAUCUCCAGUCCGUGCGCGGUAUGAUAGCGUCAACACCUGACCUUGCGCGACCAGAGUCCUCUUCGGUGAAGUGCAGCCCUCUCUCGCGUCAGGCCACCAUCCUUCUUCAGGAGGGGGAGCCGCCGCCGCCUUCCAACUCACCAGAAUGCUCUUCAGGCGUCCUUCCGACGUCACUAACUGCGGACUCCCAUUCAGCUCAUCGCAUGUUAGUGCCGGAGGGGACUCCCCCGCAGUCCUUGCGUCCUUUCCAUUCCGAGUCGGUGAUUGGGCAGCAGCAGGGAACCCCUAGUUGGUUCGGGGGAACAGGGUUAACGAUGGUCAACACGAAACUCAAGGAUCACGUCUUUAACACCAUUCUCCGCAGGUUCCAGCGCCGAAAUCGCACGAAGUGGUCUACGAAGACAGAGGAUGAGGGCGAGAUGGCGGAUCACGAAGGUCGUCCAAUUUCUUCCGCUCGACGCGCUCGUUCGCAUCGUCGGAAGUACCCUGUGGGACAAGCGGAGAGGCUGAAAGGAGAGGAAGGGAUUCUCCAGUUCCCCUCAGUGCUUCCGCGUGUCCAGAGCGAGUCUGCUAUGGACUCGAUGUAUGCGCAAGAAAGUACCAGCGAUAGGGAUUCCGUUACGCUUGAAGAUCAGAACCAAUCCGACCUCCCUCCCUCCCUCACAAGACAUCGGAGUCGGUCACGAUCUCUCGAUUUUUCUACCCCUGUAACACCAGUUUCCAGUAAACCUCCGUCUACAUUCAACUUUGAUGACUCGAUCACGCGCCAAAAUCAUUUCAUUUGCAUGGAGGAUCUAACUGGUCGAUUAAAGCGCUCGUGCGUUCUUGACCUGAAGAUGGGAACACGGCAGUAUGGGAUGGAUGCGACGCUUGCUAAGAAGAAGAGUCAACGGAAGAAGUGUGACCGCACGACGAGCAGGCCCCUAGGUGUCCGGGUCUGCGGUAUGCAGGUGUGGAACAUCGCCACUCAAGCCUACGUGACCCAAGACAAGUACAGGGGCCGAGACGUAACAGCUGAGGAGUUUGGAUCGGUCUUGGCGUCCUUCUUGCAAGAUGGUGAACGCCUCCUCGUCUGGCAGAUUCCCAUUCUUCUUCAGAAGCUCUAUGCUCUCGCUAGGAUCAUCAAUCGUUUGAAGGGCUUCAGGUUCUAUGGCUGCAGUCUCCUCCUUAUCUAUGAUGGAGAUCGAGAGGCGCAAGAAGCAUUCCGAACGUGCGCCCUUGAGCAUCCUUCAUCCCGCAGUAAGCGCGGAGAAUCGUUGGAGCGGUCUCGUACGCGGUCUAGCACUAGUGACGAACGACCCUUACUGCGCCGUACCCAUAGCGAAGAUCUGCUUGUUGGCCCAGUUGGCAAGCGCUCCAGCGGGAAGCGAAAGCGUGGCGAAGUCAACGUUCGCAUCGUCGAUUUCGCGCAUACAACUACUGGGCGUGACUGGCUUCCCUAUCCCCCGCCAGCAGAUCGCGAUAUCGUCCAUCAGGUGUCGAGCUCUAAGGGUUACCAAGCUGAAGUGGAUGUAGAAACAGGGCUGAUAUAUGCUCGGUUUCCCCCUCAUUUUCCCGAAGAGCCUGAUCGUGGGUUUCUGUUCGGAUUGAAGAGCCUUACGGAGACCCUUGAGAACAUCUGGAACGAAGAACGUAUCCGCAGGAUCAAGGCUUCGCGGGAUGAUCCGUCUGCUGACACCAAUCAGCUUCCUCCUCUAUCCGCUGAUGGCAAAGAGAUCUUUGAUGAAAUCUUCGGCCGUUUAGAGCAUGACGAAGACCCCGGCAUGCUCUCUACUUGA